UGCGCACAGCCAAAGAUGCGCCCCCAAAGCAUGCUGGGAGAUGUUGGACCCACAAUGGCGGACAGUGGACCCGUGUUUCAUUCCCUCACACUUAAAAUCACAGUUUUAUGCAGUAUUUUCCACUUUAAUUGGACUUUAGUGCGGGGAUUAGAAUGGGACGAGAGCGGUUACGUGCUGUACUGUCCGUGCAUGGGUCGCUUUGGGAACCAGGCAGACCACUUCCUCGGCUCUCUGGCUUUUGCCAAAAUGUUGAACCGAACUUUAGCUGUUCCUCCGUGGAUCGUCUACCGCCACCACACGCCUCCCUACACCAACGUGCAUGUUCCUUACAGUGAGUUCUUUCGUCUGGAGGCUCUGUCGGAGUAUCACCGCGUCGUCAGUUUGGAGGAGUUUAUGCAGAAACUGGCCCCAAAACAUUGGCCCCAGGGAAAAAGAAAGGCCUACUGCUACGAGACCGCAGCCCAAAGGAGCAAAGACAAGAAAACCUGCCCCAUGAAGGAUGGGAAUCCUUUCGGUCCGUUCUGGGAUCACGUGGGGGUGGAGUUUGAUGAAUCGGUUUUGUUCGGAGGCAUUUCCUUCAGCUCCUAUCAUCAGCAGCAGUGGAUCCACAAAUUCCCUCCCUCCUCUCACCCGGUCCUGGCUCUCCCUGGUGCUCCCGCUCAGUUCCCAGUGUCCCAGGAGCAUGUAGGACUGCAGAGAUUUGUGGUGUGGUCCCAGAAUAUGGAGGAGGAGGGAGAGAGGACCAUUGAAAAACAUCUCAGCAGGCCUUAUGUGGGAAUCCACCUGAGGAUAGGCUCAGACUGGCAGAAUGCGUGUAAGCUCCUGGACAGUGGAGACACAGGACCACACUUCAUGGCGUCACCUCAGUGUGUGGGUUAUGACAGGCAGAGGGCGCUGCCGCUCACUGCCUCCAUGUGUCUGCCUCCUCUGAGCGAGAUCCGCCGUGCGCUCAAACUGUGGGUGAAGAAAAGCGGAGCACGGUCUAUUUACAUCGCCACAGACUCAGAGUCACACAGCCGCGACAUAGAGAAGACCUUUAAAGGGAAGGUGAAGGUAGUGUCUCUGCAGCCUGAUUCGGCUCAGUUGGAUUUGUACAUUUUGGGUCGUGCGGAUCAUUUCAUUGGGAAUUGUGUCUCCUCCUUCACGGCAUUCGUAAAGAGACACAGGGACGUCCACGGGCUUCCCUCCUCCUUCUUUGGAAUGGACAAACCAGGAAAAGAUGAGCUCUGAGCAAAAAGAUAAACAAACAAAGGAGAACUGAAAGACAUCAACUGAACUCUGCGGGGACCAUGUGGAGAGAAUUAAAGGAGCUGUACCUGAUUUUAACGGUCUUACGUGUCAGAACUAGUUCAUUGCAAACAGUCUGCAGUGGUCCAAAGUUAUUCCUCACUUACCUUAUGUAUUCAGAGCAGGACCAGACCAGAACGAAGUUUUGCCAUCACAGUAAAAAACAACAACAACCAGCAACCAGCAUGUCAACACGCACUUCUUCAAAGUUACUGUAAUGAUCUUCUGCAUAAUUCUACUGUGUAAGCAGGUUGCACUGCUUGGCUCACCAGGCCCAAAAACAAACACUACAAAAUGUUGCUACUGGAGUAGUUAUUUUCAUCAAUAAAAUGAAAUUAUAUUUUUUACAUUAA